GACAUAUAAUACAUGAUCAGAUGAAGCCGAACGGCAAACCCUAGCCCUCUUCGGAUGCUACGGCGCCCGUCCCGGCCGCCGCCGCGCCGCCGCGAACGACAUCAUGGACUUUGCCGAGUUGGAGGCGAUCGAGGGCCUCCGAUGGCCGUGGAACGCCUGGCCACCGUCGAGGAGCGACGCCGCGGCCCUCGUCGUCCCCCUCAGCGUGAUGUGCUCACCGCUGAUGCCCCUCCCUGACCUUCCCGUCCUCCCCUAUGAACCCCUCCUCUGCGCCAGCUGCCGCGCUGCUCUCAACCCCUACGCCCGAGUUGACUACCGCAGCGCCCUCUGGACCUGUCCCUUCUGCUCCCACAAGAAUCCCUUUCCCAGAACCUACGCCGGUAUCGGCGAGAACAACCUCCCAGCCGAGCUCUUCCCCACCUACAGCACCGUCGAGUACGCCCUUGCCAGGAACCCCCGCCCGAAUCCUGGUCCCCGUGGUGGAUUCGGGCUGUCCUCGUCGUCGGUACCCUCGUCAUUGUCUGCUUCGGCGUCCUCGUCGUCGCUGUCAGGGCUGGACGCAUCGCGGGUGCUGGAGCCAGCAUUUGUUUUCGUGGUUGAUGUGUGCUCGGAGCAGGAGGAGCUGCGAGCGCUGAAAAAUGAGAUCUUGCAUGUCGUGGCGCAGCUGCCGGAGAAUACGAUGGUCGGGCUGAUCUCAUUUGGAUCAAUGGUGUGGGUGCACGAUCUGGGAUACACUGAUUGCCCCAAGGUUAUGGUGUUUUGUGGUGAUCGGGAGCUCACUUCCGAGAAGAUCCAGCAGCUUAUGAGAGUCUCUAAUCACUCCAAAUUGGGAAUGGCUCAAUCCAUCCAAAAACAUGGCUUUUUACUACCAGUGUCUGAAUGUGAAUUCAAUUUUACAUCAUGGGUUGAAGAACUUAACUCCACACAUAAUGCUUUACCUGGUCAUCGCCCUUCGAGGGCUACAGGUGCAGCAAUCUCAACAGCGGUUGCUCUUCUAGAGGUUUGCUCAGUUAAUGCUGGUGGUCGUGUAAUGGUGUUCACAUCUGGACCAGCAACUAUUGGUCCUGGAAUGAUUGCAGAGACUGAUUUAAGUAAAUCUAUAAGGACACACCGAGAUCUUGUAAAUGGCAAUGCUCCCUUCACUGAUAGAGCUCGUGGUUUCUACAAGCAACUGGCUCAUAGAUUGGUCGAUGGUUCAUUUGUUCUUGAUCUGUUUGCUUGCUCUCUUGAUCAGGUUGGAACUGCUGAGAUAAGAUAUCCGAUUGAAAGCUCUGGUGGUUUUUUGGUGCUUGCAGAUUCAUUCGAGUCAGAGCAGUUCAGGAAAUGUUUAAGGCACAUCUUUAAACGUGAAGGUGCAGACCAUCUUAAUAUGAACUUUGAUGCAACCAUUGAGAUUGUGACCACCAAGGAAGUUAAGAUAUGUGGGGCACUGGGACCUUGCAUGUCUCUUAGAAAAAAGAACAACUCAGUGAGCGAAAAGGAAAUUGGCCAUGGUGGAACCAAUACGUGGAAGAUGAGCACACUCAUGAGCAAGACAUGCAUCGCUUUCAUCUUCCAAGUUAGCACUGACAAUGUUGAGCCACCACCUGUCCUCUUUAUUCAGUUCAUGACACGCUAUCGUCAUGGUAAUGGUGGAUUUCGCCUAAGAGUGACCACUGCUGCUAGAAGAUGGGUUAAGCCCCACUCGCCAGAGCUUACUGCAGGGUUUGAUCAAGAGGCUGCUGCUGCUGUCAUGGCCAGACUUGCAGUCCAUAGGGCUGAGGAAUACCAUGCUCGGGAUGUCAUCAGAUGGCUGGAUAAAAUGCUUAUUCGUUUCACAGCUAAAUUCGGGGAUUAUGUGCCAGAAGAUCCAUCCACAUUUCGGUUGUCAUCUAACUUUUCCCUCUUUCCACAGUUCAUAUAUUAUUUACGUAGAUCACAAUUCAUUGAUGUCUUUAAUAGCACCCCAGAUGAGACCGCCUUCUUCAGGCUGAUGCUGAAUCGGGAAGGGGUGGUCGGUUCACUUAUCAUGAUCCAGCCUACCCUAUUCCAGUACUCGUUUGAUGGACCACCCAUUCCUGUACUACUUGAUGUUAGCUCAAUCUCUCCAGAUGUUAUUUUGCUCUUCGAUUCUUAUUUCCACAUAGUGAUUCACUAUGGAUCAAAGAUUGCCCAGUGGAGGAAGCUUGGGUAUGACAAGGACCCAAACCAUGAGAACUUGAGGAAGCUGCUAGAGGCACCAGAGAUUGAUGCUGAGGCGCUCAUAGCCGAUCGCAUUCCUGUGCCAAAGCUAGUUAAGUGUGAUCAGCAUGGGAGCCAGGCAAGGUUCCUACUGGCAAGGCUAAAUCCCUCUGUGACCCAGAAGACUCUGCUUACAGAUGGCUCCGAAGUUAUCUUCACAGAUGAUGUGAGCUUGCAAGUGUUUAUAGAGCACUUACAAGAGCUAGCUGUGCAGGGUUGACUACCUCUUGUUGUAUAUAAGUCCUUUGUGGGGUUUGGUGGGAUUAAUUUUUCUAGGUUUCCCACUCCUGUUGUAAUUUUGUACAAAAAUCUUGUCACACUGCUGCUUUCUUGCUGGUUAUGAUUGUGAAGGGAAAAAUGUAAGGCUGAAAUUUUGGGUCUUCA